AUGUCGUGGAAACCUUCCGAGAAGCUUGUCCAAACCAUUGCACACUAUGCGAGCUUUCCGCCGACUGGAGUCAGUCUCCGGCAGAUGGUGCAGUUUGGAGACAAGCCUUCUGCCGGGACCCUGUUUCGUGCCUCGCAGUUUCUCUCCGAAGAGCUUCCAGUCCGCCUGGCGCACAGAGUAGAAGAGCUACGGAAACUACCAGAUGGCCUCAAUGACAUGCCCUCGAUCAAAAAGGUCAGAGACUGGUAUGCUCAGUCCUUCGAAGAGAUCACAACCCUUCCGCGACCCAACCUAGACACCACCACCCGUGACCGUCUUUUGAAUCCUCCCAAAAAACAAAGCACAAAACUAUCCGCCACCACACGCAACCCCAGUCUCAAAGACGACGGCAAUGGCAAGAGUAGCAUGAAUUCACGACGUUACUUUGCUGCCCUGGAUGAUGGCAAGGAGUGGCCGCCAGUCCUGUCCGAGUACAACCGCAAGUUCGCUCGAACUCUCGAGAUGAUCAAGAGAAGACACGAUCCCGUCGUCACGACCGUGGCCCAGGGCAUCAAUGAGUGGAAGCGGAAACAACAACGAAUGCAAAUCGACUCCUCCAUUCAAUCCUUCCUCGACCGGUUCUACAUGUCUCGCAUAGGUAUUAGAAUGCUUAUUGGGCAACACAUUGCGUUGACGGAUCAGACCACCAACAAACACCCGAACUACGUGGGUAUCAUUUGCACAAAGACCAACGUCAGAGAGCUAGCAGAGGAGGCGAUUGAGAAUGCCAGGUUCGUGUGUGAAGAUCACUACGGCCUGUUCGAUGCCCCAAAAGUCCAACUCUUCUGUCCUCCGCACCUGAACUUUAUGUACGUUCCGGGUCACUUGUCACACAUGCUGUUCGAAACCUUGAAAAACUCGCUCCGAGCGGUCGUUGAGACACACGGGGCGGAAAAGGAGGAAUUUCCAGUGACCAAAGUGAUUGUUGCCGAGGGAAAGGAAGACAUCACCAUCAAAAUCAGCGACGAAGGAGGCGGCAUUCCACGAUCCGCCAUUCCUCUCGUCUGGACAUAUAUGUACACUACUGUCGACACCACACCAGAGCUGGACCCGGGUUUUAACGCUAGUGACUUUAAGGCGCCGAUGGCUGGAUUUGGGUACGGGCUGCCGCUUUCACGGUUAUAUGCACGGUACUUCGGAGGGGAUCUUAAGCUGAUCUCCAUGGAAGGAUAUGGCACGGAUGUCUACCUGCAUCUCAACCGGCUCUCUUCUUCUGCGGAGCCUCUCCAAUAA